AUCUAUUGAGCUCACCGAUGAUCAAUGUAUAUCGUAACUGCUCCUCUGAGUUCCCCACAUGCCUUCUGAUCCCUAAGACUAAGCAGGUGACGACGACUACUGUCUCACCAAAUACACGGUGAUUCUGACAAGGACUGAGCAUCAAUCAUUCCCCAUAUUCCCUAAUUAUUAGCAGACAGUGAGUGCGUCUUAUGUGGUUUGUCUAUGUUAGAAGACUCGAGCGAUUACUGGGUUUUUGAUUUAGUUAAGCUUUGGUUCGCUACCUCGCUCGAUUUUAGGGUCAGUUUAUUUGUAGUGUACACCCUUAUUUAAUUGUUUCAAAUCAAGGGAGAGGGUCGCAGAGCGUAUUUUGCUGAAUUGUAGAAAAACUUGUUUGCCAAAGUUAGACGAAUGCGACAUUAUCAAUUUAUCGGUGCACAUUCGACAAAAGCCUAGGGGGCAAGGCGGGCCAUCAGGAGUUUGGAUCCUCUGUCUCUAAAUUUUUCUGUCCCCGUGUCUCUUUGUUGAUCGGACGGAUCAGAUUACAUCUCAAAGAUGUCUUAUACAUCACGAGCAUAUUGCACACAUCUUAAGGAUGUCAUGAUAUUUUGAGAUGUAAUCUGAUCUGUCUGAUCGACAGGGGACACGGAGACAGAGAAAUUUGAGGACAGAAGAUCCGAAUUGUGCCAUCAGUGGGGUGAGGCGGGCAAUCAUCAAAACUAAAGGCCAUUGAGUAAGAAACUCAAUGUCAGGCAGGGUGAUCAGGUAAGGCGUCGAGGCCGAUGGCAAUCGAGUAGGGUGGUGACGAUCGAGGAUGAGUUAGGCAUCGCUCGUCAGCCAAUCUUGCUGUCGGUUGAGGUCCUUGAGGAAAAGCAUCGAGUGAGGUGCUCAUCAUCAGGUAGGGUGGUUAGGCAAGCCGUAAGGGUGGGCGGCAGGCGAGCAUCAAGGACAAAACACAAUCGAAUAGGCGACGAUGAUCAAGGAUGUCGAGCAAUCUAGUCGCUCAUCUUCAUACAUUGAUGAUCUUCCUAAGUUGAUAGAGUUAGUAAAUAGAGAUUAAACGAUAUUAAAACACUAGCUCAUUUAAAACGCGAAAAAGAUAUAAUAAAUGUAUUAGGAAAAAAAAUGUAAAUUUCUUGGAAGUGUCCUCAGCCGUCCAAUGCAGCAAGAUUUGAUCAUGAUGAUGAUGGAGGAUGACUCUCUCUUCCUCCUCCUUCAUUUGCCUUUAUAAGCCUUCAAAGCUAUCAGUCCCUCGUCAACAACAUCGGCCGGCAAUGUCGCCAACGACCGUCCUCCUCCUACUCAGCCUCGUUCUACAGACUCCUCUCAAUGCUCUGAAGACGUCCAAAGACUGCAUUGGCGGCGGCGGCGGCGGCGAUGGUUCCUUGCAGUUCGACUUGUACCUCACCAGCUGCCCGCUGGCGGAGGCCAUCAUCUUCUCCGGCGUGCAGCGCGCUGUGGCCGACGAUGCCCGCAUGGCCGCCUCCCUCCUCCGCCUCCACUUCCACGACUGCUUCGUCAAUGGUUGCGACGCGUCGGUGCUUCUGGACGACACGGCGGAGAUGACGGGGGAGAAGACGGCGGGGCCGAACGCCAACUCGUUGAGGGGUUUCGACGUGGUGGAGGGGAUCAAGGCGGAGCUGGAGAUGGCCUGCCCGGAGACGGUUUCCUGCGCCGAUCUCCUCGCCAUUGCUGCCCGAGACUCUGUUCUUUUGUCGGGAGGACCGACAUGGCCGGUGGAGGUCGGCCGGAGGGAUGGCACUGCCGCCAGCUUGUCCAUGGCCACCACCAACCUCCCAUCUCCGACGUCCGGCGUCGCUACCCUUCUCCAAAAGUUUGAAAACGUCGGCCUCUCCGCCAAGGACAUGGUCGCUCUCUCCGGCGCCCACACCAUCGGCAAGGCCCGCUGCUCCACGUUCGCCUCCCGCCUCACCGGCACAGGCGAUCGUCUCUUCCUGCAGUCUCUGCGGCAGCUCUGUUCUGGGUCGCCAUCGUCAAAUGGGACGACGACAGCCUCAUCGUUGGUCCACCUCGACGUGGGCUCGCCAAUGGUGUUUGACAACCAGUACUACGCCAACCUUUUCGCCGGCGAGGGGCUACUUCAGUCGGACCAGGCCCUGGCUGGGGAAGCAGGGGAGGUGGGCCUGCUCGCAAAGGCCUAUGCCGCAGACGAGGCGCUGUUCUUCGAGGACUUCACGGCCUCCAUGGUGAGGAUGGGCAGGCUGGCGCCGCCAGCGGGCAGCUCUGGCGAGGUCCGCAAAAGUUGCCGGGCAGUCAACUCUUAAUUAGCUUAAGCACUAUUUAGCAUCAAUUAUCAUAACUUAAUCAUGAUGAUUAACUAACUAAUCACUAGAACUAUACUAGCGUCCUAAGUAUGCACCAGUGUGUUACUGUGACUUAGGUAGAAACAGAUGUUAAUUUGUGGGGUUUAGUGGUUAAUUUGAAUGUUAUCACUAUG